AUGAAUUUCAAUAUACUUGAGUUAUUUUAUAAACAAAUUAAUAAUGACGAUAAUGAAGAUGCGAGUUUGAACAAACCUUUAGACGAAUCAAACAUAUUAGUAAAUCGUGGAUUGACAUAUAAAUCAACAGAUAAAGAUUCGCUAGAAGACUAUGCAGAAAUGAGUUAUGAAUCAGGAAAACACGAAGAGUCACGCUCAGUUUUAUUAGAAACAGAGCCAAAUGAUACAUCGAUAAUUCUUGAUAAAAAUAUUGAAGAACUAAAUGAAGAACAAAUUCAGAUUAGAGAUGCUUUUUUAAAAGCGGAUAAAAAUCUAGAAGAACCAAAUAAAGAUCUAAUUGAGACUAAAACUGAUAAAAUUAGCUGA